AUGGCCAAAUCCUACCUCGGGCUUCGUGGAACGAAGCUGAAUAUCGCAGUCGGUGUGAUUGCCGGUCUGGAUUUUUUUCUCUUCGGUUAUGACCAGGGUGUCAUGGGUGGUCUUUUGACCCUCGACUCGUUUAUUGCAACUUUCCCUCAACUUGAUACUUCCUCCGACAAUUACAAAAGCUUGUCCCAGGCCGGCCAACUGCGUCAAUCUAACAUUCAAGGUAUCUCGGUUGCUGGUUACAAUCUGGGCUGUUUCGUCGGCUCCAUCGUCUGUAUCUUUGUCGGUAACAAGCUCGGCCGUCGCAAGACUAUUUUCGUUGGCUCCGCCAUUAUGGUUGUUGGUGCAAUUCUCCAGUGCACUGCCUUUGGAUUGCCUCAUUUCAUCGUUGGACGUUUGAUCACUGGUAUCGGUAACGGUUUGAACACAUCGACCGUGCCCACAUGGCAGUCCGAAUGCUCCAAGGCCCAUCGUCGUGGUCAGCUCGUCAUGGUCGAAGGUGCUCUGAUUACCGGAGGUAUCUGCUUCAGUUACUGGCUCGAUCUGGCCUUUUCGUUCCUCGACCCCAACACCGUGUCGUGGCGCUUCCCGAUUGCCUUCCAGAUUAUCUUUGCUGUGAUUAUCUUGGCCUUUGUCAUGCUCCUGCCCGAAUCCCCCCGUUGGCUCAUCUUCCAGGGCCGCGAGGACGAAGCAACCGAAGUUCUGGGUGCCCUCCUCGAUCUCCCUACCGAUGAUGUUUUGAUUGAGAACGAGUUCUCCGCUAUCAAGGACACCGUUUUGGAAGCUGCCAACACUAGCUGGCGCGAUCUGUUCACCAUGGGCGAGGACCGUCACUUCCACCGUGUCGUUCUUGCCUACGUCAACCAAAUGUUCCAGCAAAUUUCCGGUAUCAACUUGAUCACCUACUACGCCCCGGUCAUCUACCAGAACAGUAUUGGAAUGGGCUCGCUCAUGUCCCGUAUUUUGGCUGCUUGCAACGGUACCGAGUACUUUAUUGCUUCUUGGUUGCCCGUCUUCAUCAUUGAGAAGGCUGGUCGCCGACCUCUGAUGCUUGUGGGUGCCGCCGGUAUGUCGAUUUCCAUGGUUAUCCUCGCCGUGUGCACCAGUUUCGAGGGCAACAGCCAAGCCGGUAUUGGCGCAGCUGUGUUCCUGUUUGUCUUCAACACCUUCUUCGCCUGGGGUUGGUUGGGUAUGACCUGGCUGUACCCUGCCGAGAUUGUGCCUCUGCGUAUUCGUGCCCCGGCCAACGCGCUGUCCACCUCGGCCAACUGGAUUUUCAACUUUAUGGUCGUCAUGAUCACGCCUCCGGCUUUCCAGUCGAUCAAGUACAAGACCUACAUUAUCUUUGCCGUCAUCAACGCCUUCAUCUUCCCCGUCGUCUACUUCUUCUACCCUGAAACCUCCUACCGGUCUCUGGAAGAAAUGGACGCCAUCUUCCGCAAGACAACCUCGAUCUGGGACGUCGUCAAGGUUGCCGCCGACGAGCCUCUUCGCUACGGCAAGAAUGGUGAACUGCUCAUCAACUACACCGAGACCGACGAGCACUUUCGUCGUGCCAGCCACGUCAGCGAGAAGCGCGGCAACAAGCAACAUGCCGACCCUGCCUAUCAGGCGGAACUCGGUCAUGCCGAGGAGAUUUCUGAUACGAGCUAG